AUGGGCGUGGCAGUGCCCCGUCGACUUAUGCGCAUCGGCGGCGGCGUCGUGGGGAGCUUCCCCGCAUCCGUCGGUGGCUGCGAUGCUAGCAGGCGUGGGGACAAGCAUCGUGGCCGUGGCCGUGGUCCAGCUCGCGGCUCAACCACGGCCCGCGCCUCAUACCUCGCCCUCUACAGCAUCUCGCGCCGCGCCCGCCUGGUGCUGGCAGCGCCGCCCUCGCGCCCGUCGUCGCGCUUCAGCCGCUCCGACUUCAGCGGCCAGGGCUACUCGUCGCUGUACGAGCCCGACCAGCCCACGCGCGGCCCCCUCGGCAGCGCAAGCAGCGUCGGCGCUGGCAUCAUCACGCCCAAGGCGCUGCGCCAGCACCUCGACCACUUUGUCGUCGACCAGGACCGCGCCAAGGUGGUGCUGAGCGUCGCUGUCCACGAGCACCAUCUGCGCAUCCAGGAGCUCAAGCGCCAGCAGCACGAGCACGCCCGCCUCGAGGCCCAGGCCCAGCGCCGCGCCUCCGUCUUCCGCCAUCCCGUAGAAGACGAGUUCCCCGGCCAGCAGCCCACCGUCGAGCUGCAUGGCCAUGCCGAUGCGCCCUCGUUUGCCGAGGCCCCCGCCUAUCGACCGACGUCCGACUCCCCGCCCGACGCCGACGCGCUGCUCGACACCAGCGAGCACGCGCUGCAGAUAGAAAAGUCCAAUGUGCUGAUACUCGGCCCAACCGGCGUCGGCAAGACGCUCAUGUGCAAGACGCUGGCAAAGACGCUCGGCCUGCCCAUCUCCAUGUCCGACUGCACCACCUUUACCCAGGCGGGGUACAUUGGCGACGACGUCGAGUCGUGCGUGGCCCGUCUGUUCUCGGCUGCCAACUAUGACAUCGAGGCCACCGAGCACGGCAUCAUUGUCUUGGACGAGAUCGACAAGAUUGCCGGCUCAAAGAUAUCCUAUGGCAAGGACGUGGGCGGCGAAGGCGUCCAGCAGGCCCUGCUCAAGAUCAUCGAGGGCACCACGGUGCAGGUGCAGGCCAAGCCAGAGAAGAGCGCCAACAGGCCCGGCGGCCUUCACGGCACGGGCAGGAUGGACACGCCCCAGCCGCCCGGCCCAGGCAGCAACAAGGGCGAGGUCUUCAACAUCCGGACCGACAACAUCCUCUUCAUAUGCACCGGUGCCUUUUCCAACCUGCACAAGAUUAUCCUCGACCGCAAGUCCAAGAGCAGCAUGGGCUUCGGCGCGUCGAUACGCUCGUCCAAUGCUCAUGCGGCGGCGGAUGGCGUCAUGCUGAGAGGCGCAGAGGCCGAGUCGUUCAAAAAGGACUCGCCCUUUUUCGUGCCACCAAAAACCGAGACCCCCAACCCGUUUGGCGUCAGGCGCGUGGAGAAGGAAGAGCGCGUCAACGUGCUGGACCACGUGCAGCCAGAAGACUUGCAGAAGUUUGGCAUGAUACCCGAGCUCAUUGGCAGGAUACCGACCGUCUGCGCAGUGGCAGCCCUGGAUGAAGACGCUUUAGUCCGUGUCUUGACGGAACCCAAGGACAGCCUGAUCCGGCAAGAAGAGCACAAGUCGUACCUGAGAAACAUUGAGCUGCGCUUCACCACGGGAGCGCUGCGUGAAAUCGCGCGCAAGGCCAGUAAAAUGGGCACUGGCGCCCGCGGGCUGCGGCAUAUUGUUGAUCAGCUGCUCCUCCAGGCCAAGUACGAAACACCCGGAUCAAGUGUCAAGCAUAUUCUCGUGACGCAGGACGUGGCUCUGCUCAAGCGCGCACCGCUGUAUUUCCACCGUGGCCAGUCUGCAGCAUUUGAGGCGGCCCACGCCCAGGAAGAGGAGAAUUGGGAGGAAGAGCUCCGCCGCCACGAAGACCCCUCGAUUGCUCAUGUCAGCAACUUCCAGGAGUACAGGAAAGCCGGCGCUGCAGGCUUUUAGCCUAUGCACGCCUACAUGCUGCUGCCAUGACAUGUUCGCAUGCGCUGCACAAACACCGCAGGUACCCGCAGAAGACUGAUGCAUGCCCGUGAAAUGAAGAGGGAGCGUUGCGUCUGCAUCCUCAUGUAUCUUUAGCCAUGCAUGAAUAUACCCGGCCUUGUCGAUAUGUAACGGCGGCUUCGGGCCGUUGUAGUAGUUCUCCGAGUCCUGCCUCGGUUUCGGCUUCUCUCUAGCCCUAUGAGAGGAAAGGCGAGAGAGAGAGAGAGAGAGAAAGAAAGAAAGACAGAAAGCGGAAGCGAGAAAGAGGGAACAACCGAGUCGCAAGGUCAGUGAAUGCUGCGCUCUCAACCCCCACACUGCGGGGAAUCCAACAACU